UAGAGGUUUCCAGCUUCCCUUUCGCCUCCCUCCCAAUGGGCUCCACUCUGGGGCAGGAGGGAGAGGAAGCAGAGCCGGAUGCCUGGGUCCCAAGAAGCAUGGUCCCUUCUCCCCUCCACCUAGGGUGACCCACUGUCCUGACAGUAGGGAGCUUUGUCUUUGACAUGCAACUAUCCCCUCCCAACCCUGAAAAAAAAGUGACCCCAUUUUCCCCAUUUGCUUUUAGGUCACCUCACCCGAGGCACCCAGCUCUCAGGGGGGCGGAUCUGCCUGUGGGUUACCCAACGCUGCUGAAGCUUCCGCUAGAUGCUCGUAGCCGCUGACUCAGCCACCUCGGAGCAGCCAGACGGACUGGGGUGGCUCUGAGAGAUGCCCCACUGCUGAUGCGGCUGGAGGAAGCUCUGACUAGGGCAAGAAGGUCCUAAGGAUUAACUACCCUUCUCUCGCCCCGAUGACCAACGUCACCUUCAACACCACUGCCCAGCCAGGUGCGCUGCCCCAGUUGCCCGGCGCCAAGCUGGGGCUGACCGUGCUCUCCUUGGCCUUCAUCCUGGGCUUCCCGGGCAACGUCUUCGUGGUGUGGAGUGCCCUCUGGCGUGUCCAGAAGCGCACGGUCACCUGCCUCCUCAUCCUCCACCUGGCCUUGGCUGACUGCGCCGUGCUGCUCACUUCCCCUUUCUUCCUUCGGCUCCUGAGCGCCGGAAAGUGGGAGUUCGGCCCUGUGGUCUGCCAGCUGUGCCACUAUGUCUGCGGCGUCAGCAUGUACGCCAGCAUCUUCCUCAUCACCCUCAUGAGUCUGGACCGCUGCUUAGCUGUCACUAAGCCCUUCAUCUCCCAGAAGAUCCGGACUGCCAUGGUGGUCAGGUCCUUGGUCCUGGCCAUCUGGAUUGUCUCUUUCCUCCUUGCCAUGCCUGUCAUUUUCUACCGCAAGCUGGUGCACAGUGGCAGGCACCUUCUCUGUGACCUGUCCCAUCCCACCACUGGCCACCUUGUCUUCCACAACCUUUUUGAGACCCUGACCGGCUUUGUGCUGCCCUUCGCUGCCAUCAUCUGGAGCUACUUCGUCAUCGGGCGCAGGCUGCAGGAGACCCGCUUCCGGAGGAAGCGCCGCACCAGCCGGCUCAUUGUGCUGAUUGUGGCUGCCUUCGCCCUCUUCUGGCUACCCUUCCAUGUGGUGAACAUCCUAGACGUGGCUGGGGCCCUGAGCCACUCCAAGGGUCUCAUCAUGGCUGGGAAGUUAGCCCGGCCCACCCUGACAGCUCUGGCUUUCUUCAGCAGCAGCGUCAACCCCAUCCUCUAUACCUUCACCGGCGGUGCCUUGAUUAAGUCGGCCGGCAUCGGCUUCAUGGCCAAGCUCUUUGAGGGGACGGCCUCAGAGAUGUCCAGCACGCGGCAGGGGACGGGGCGGACCAUCCAGCGGCGCGAGGAGGCCAAGUUGGAGGUGGUGCAGGAUGGGAACCCAGAGAGCAUCACCCUCUCCACCAACCCCCUGGAGUAGCCCUCGGCCAUGUGGGACAGGCACUCUGACAAUCCCACUGCAUCCAGCAACACCCUGGACUAGACCUGGGGACAUGUGGGACUGGAGCACCACUAAUCCCAGCACAUCCACCAUCACUCUGGACUAGCACUAGGGCAUGUGGGAUGGGAACUCCUAACAAUCCCACCUCAUCCAUCAACACGUUGGGCUAGUCCUGUGUCCGUGUGGAACAAGAAUGGAAAAAAUCUUCCAACUGGCUCCUUCAUGGAGUGAUGGUGAAACUAUCAAGAAUUUGCUGGGAGUGUGUUCGUUUGCUUCUUAUUUGGGGGUUGACCUGGUCUGAACAACCUUCCCGCAACACCCAUUUUCCCCUUCUUCACCAGCUGUGACUUUGCGGGAACAAACCCAGACUCCAACAUCUCCACCUUGACACCAACAGGAACUGGCCCAGCUACACCAGGAGAAUAAAUAGAUUUUGUGUAAAUAUGAAAAAGGGACUCAAGUCUAAAUGGGGAUAUAUGAUUUAGGGAGUGAAGGCACUGCCAUUGUUCUGUGGAGAGGAAGCACCCCGUCUGUUCAAGUGGCGGGGAAAUGAAAGUUGGAGAGGUAGAGGAGAACGGUUGAGGGACAGAGGCAGGUGGCAGGGGAAGAGAUGGAGAGAAACAGGGUGAGGGUGAGAGGGAGAGAAUGUUGAGAGGCUGAGGCUGGGUGAGUCCAUGUCUUCAGGAAGCUACAAGAGGCACUUGAGGCUGCACUGGCCCCAUCCAAGAGCAGGGCCCCCAUUGUGCCAGGCACUGCACAAACCCAUGGUGAGACAGCCCCUGCUUCUAGGAACUUGCAGUCUAAAUGGGCAAAGACAGGAUUAUUAUCCCUAUUUUGCAAAUGGGGAAACUGAGGCAUGUGGGAGGUGCAGCGACUUGUCAAAGGCAAUAUAGGGAGUCUGUGGAAGAACAAGGAAUAGAAUGCAGGUGUCUGGUGACCCAGUCCAGGGGCCUGAACCACAAAACCAUCCUUCCCCUAAGUCUAUUUUCACAGCCAGAUAAAAAGGGAAUACGGGAUUUCACCAGGGAGCUUUCCUAUCUCCCAUCUGAGCUGAGACGUGUGGUUGGCUGCUCCCAGUGGCCAGCUAGGGUACUGCAAGCCAUCGUUCCAUAGUGACACAACUAGAAGCAGCUAUUUUAAGCUCUGGCACCUGCUUAAAACCAGGGUAGUAAGUAUACGAUUCAUCCCUCCUAGGGGGCGCCAGCUCAAAUCCAGCCCCUACUUGGCGGGGGGAUGACCGGCUGGCUUAGCGGGUGGGGAAUGGGACACAUGGCCUAUCCCUGCCAGGGUUGCCCUGGCUCCAACCCAGCCCCUCAGCGUGUGAAUUCACCCUCUGUGUUAAUUCGCUUAAUUAAAGGAAAGUUUCCUUGUAGCCUGCUGGCCCUGGGAAGCUGUGCAUCCUUCACACCUGCGGUAGCAUUCUGAUUGGUUCCUUUCUCGUUAGCCAUUCGACUCAUUAGGCCCUGCUGCUGCCCCCUGCUGUGUGAUGUGUGUGUGUCCCCCUGCGGCAGGGGAUCAGACCUGCAGUGUGUGUGUGUGUGUCCCUGCCACCCCCUGCUCGGGGGGAAAAAAAUUGCUUAAUGUGUGUGCGGCGAGUGACAGAUAGCCACAGAGACACCGUUUACAAAUCAGUAAUGCUGUGCAUUCCUACAUGACCUUAAAUAUAAUAAUUCCAUCCACAAAAAACUAUGUUAAAAGACCAUUACCAAAGUCAGUUUUGCACAGGGCCCCUGAAUUUGGGCAUUUCCUCCUUUGGGCAUGCUUGUAACCUUAAUAAUAUUCAUUUAAUGUAGCUUUUGUGGGUGAUUUCCUGGAUUUUUACAAAAGCAAACGGAAAAAAACAAAUAAAACCAAA